GCGCUAGGAACCCAGGAUAGCAGUACCAUCUACCGGGCAUUGUGAAAGUAGCCUUAGUCUAAACUCUACAAAACAUGGAUUCGUCUGACGUGAAAGAGCUUUCCGACUCUAAAAAAUCCUAUGCUGGGAUUCCAGAAGCUCAAUUUGUGGACGAUGUUGAUGCCUUCAUGGCCCAGGAAGAAAACAGCAACGUCCAGCAAGUUCUCAAGCGGCUGGACGAACAACAUUCUAAAUACAGGUUUAUGGAAACAAACCUUUUAGCGAAAAAGAGGAGGUUGAGAGUUCAAAUCCCUGAUUUGGAGCAGUCGCUGAGUAUGAUUAAGUUACUCAAAAAGCAGCAGAGCGAAAACGACAAGGAGGAUCUGUCAACUAUGUUUUGUAUAGCUGAGCAAGCACACAUGAAAGCAGCUAUUCCUCCAACUGACAAAGUGUGCCUCUGGCUUGGGGCAAAUGUGAUGUUAGAGUAUUCCUUGGAUGGAGCAUCUGAACUUCUCACCAAAAACACGGAGUCAGCUAAGCGUAAUUUAGGCUACAUUGACCAUGAUCUCAACUUCUUGAGGGAUCAACUCACAACCACCGAAGUGAACAUGGCCAGAGUUUUCAACUGGGACAUCAAAAAGAGGCAGGCAGGAAAACAAUCUUGAGUGUCUUAAAUCGGAACUUGUGUGCUUACCUUUUUGUAUUUCCUUUCUUAUGAGCAGCAAACUCAAUCUGCCAUUGGCACUCAUAAUUUUGUUUUAAGAGGUCGUGCUCUUUAAACUGCACUGCUGGCCAUCACUAUAAUUAUGAACUAAUAAAUUAUAUCUGAAAUUGAAACAAUUGUGUUAAUGAGUUAAAGAAAACAAUAGGGUUUGGCUAGAAAAAUUCUUUUUAUUCGAAUUUUACAUUUAUAUAACUCCUCCAUCACAAGAAUGUACAUAAUUAUUUUUAAGUCAGUCAUUCAUUAUCAAAUUCUCUCCAUUGUAUUCUAAGAGAUGAUAUUAUUUCUCCAUAAUCUUCCGCGUGGUUCCUAACUCCUUAAACUUAAUCGGAGGUCUGGCAUUUAACAAUAAAAAAUUAAUCUACAAUCCUUAACAAAAUCAUUACAUAGUUGUAGCCAAAAAGGAGAGUACAUUCAGAGACAAUUGUGUGAGUUGAUUUACACUUGAAAGUAUGUAGUAUGUGUGUUACUCAAUCUUUCCCCACAAUCAAUCAUCAUCUCGAAUUUCACAAAUUUUUGGUAUUUCCCACUUUGUUUCUACUUUUAUAUGGCCACGGAAAAUAUAAAAAUGUGUUUUUGAUGGUUGUUGUUUUUAACCGUUGAUUAUUCGAUAACUAUCACAGCUUAGCUCAUUCAUACAAAAAGAAUCAAAUCCCGUGUUAAUCAGAGUGUUGGUGUCCAUACUCAAGCAGUAACAGGAGAUUUCAUUUUUGUAAUAAGGUACAUUAUGUUGAGCUAACCCUUCCUCCCUUGCACUCACGCUUUUGAAGGAACAUUUCUGCAGUCAACAUCCAAAAUAGCUAUUUAAAAUUAGAGCCAAUUCGAAUCAUGCAGUCAAGCAUAAAUAUAUAUUUUGUGUGUAUUGUACUUUGGCUGGUUUUUAGAAAGCCAGCGCUCAAAACAAAAGUCUGUUGUUUCUGGAAGGGUUUAUGCUACACGAUUUUAGAAAUAGUAUCUCUUUUUUGAUGCAUAAGUGUAAUAUGACAAGUAAAAAAGCAUCAUCCUCUUUAAACAUCACCACUGUCACAAAACGAAGACAAGACAGACUGGUUUCACGAAAUAAUCAAGACUAAAUGGAUUUUCAAUUCGCCGUGCUCGUUUUUCUAAAGUGAUUACAAUUGCAAGCAGGCGUAUUACUCACUAAAUGGAUGAAGCGCAGCAGUGAUGCGACGAGGAAAGCGCACAAUUCAGUAAAAAUAAAUGACUCAACGAUUUUCUAAUAAAUUGUGUUGGACCAGUUUCUCAAACAGGACCACGCUCUUUGUGUUUUUCCACUCACAAGCCAGCAGAGAAUUGGUGUGAUUUGAACAUGGUGUCAAAAGCUCUGCUGCUUGGAUUUGACUCAAGUGAAAAAAUAACAAGUAGUGAUUCAUCCAAUUGAGGUAGAGCACUUUACGCUUUUUAAGACGGACAUUGUGUUGUGUCACCAACAAAUAUUGCUGUUUUUAAUUUUAGAGGAGAGGCUAACUUCUUGAAUGCUCGUUCAAGACAGAUUUUGUCGACAAUUCUCACGUACUCAAUCAAUCGAUUAGCUACUUCUCGUCACUGAAAGUUGAGUUUUGAGUACAUAGAUAAUUAUGCUGUCUUGUGUUUCAUCUGCUAAAUGCUACGAAUUACAAGCCGGAGAGAAGUUAGAUGAGAGUACAUGUUGCAGCAGAACUAUGCGAGUUACAAUUAGGUUCAAUCGUAAUUUUAAUGACGGCAUGCAGCUUUAAAAUUCUCUCCAACUCCUGAUACCGACGAAUUUUUAAGCAGUGUUUAGAGAAAGGUCCGGGGGGGAAAAGCGGCGUGCUCUCGUUGCAGCCACCGACUCUUAAUCAAACUAUUAAAAAAAAAGAAAGAAAA